GCAUCUUAUUAGCUCGGUACCGCUUGUCCAUAACGGGUCACAGUUUCGGUUCGGGCCGAACUGUUUCAACUUUAGGCCCUAUUUCCAUUCCGUGUAUCGUUUCCAGCUAAACCAUGGCCUCCACGGCCCCACGACUAGCCCGCCUGGGCUCUCUGCUUGCUCGGCAGGCAGCUCCCGCUUCGCUACUUCAGCAGCAGUUCCGGACCUUUUCCGACAAGGCUGCGGCCGAGGCCGCGAGGGCAACUCCUGAGGCCGCUAAGGCUGAGUCUGAUUCAUGGGGCAAGGUUCGGGCCUUCCAGGUGGUCCUGUUCGGCGGCCUGACAGGCGGCCUGCUGUACGGCUACUCGCUAUUCACGUCCCAGGUUCCGCAAACGGGUCCGAUUGCCGGGGUGGCCGCGGUGCCCCCUCCCGCUCCCAAGACCUCCACCCCGGGUGACUACCCCGCGGUGCGCUCCUCCAUCGCGGCACUGCUGGACUCCCCCGACUGGGAUGACGGCUCGUACGGCCCCCUGCUCGUUCGACUGGCUUGGCACUCUGCCGGCACGUACGACAAGGCGACCGGCACUGGCGGCUCUAACGGGGCCACCAUGAGGUUCUCCCCCGAGUGCGAGUGGGGUGCCAACGCGGGUCUGGCUGCCGCCCGCAAGCUGCUGGAGCCCGUGAAGGCGGAGCACCCCUGGAUCAGCUACGCGGACCUCUGGACGCUGGCGGGCGUGGUGGCCAUUGAGGAGAUGGGAGGCCCCACCAUCCCCUGGCGCGCGGGCCGUGUGGACCACCCUGACGGCCAGAAGAUUGUGCCCGACGGCCGCCUGCCGGAUGCCAGCCAGGGUGCCAAGCACCUGCGCUCCAUCUUCCACCGCAUGGGCUUCGAGGACCGCGACAUUGUGGCCCUCAGCGGCGCGCACACGCUGGGCCGCUGCCACACGGACCGCUCGGGCUUCUCGGGCCCCUGGACCAACGCGCCCACCACCUUCUCCAACCUCUACUUCCAGGAGCUGCUCAACAACAAGUGGCGCAAGAAGAAGUGGGACGGCCCCCUGCAGUACGAGGACGCCAAGACCGGCACCCUCAUGAUGCUGCCCUCGGAUCUGGCGCUGCUGGGGGACCGCACCUUCAAGAAAUGGGUGUCGCUAUACGCCAAGGACCAGGACGCCUUCUUCAAGGACUUCUCGGUUGCGUUCGGCAAGCUGCUUGAGCUGGGAGUGCCCUUCCCGGAGGAGCAGCAGCAGCCCGCCACCGCCUGAAGGGCGUGACCCGUGGGUCCGUUGACGUGACAACUCCUGGCGGUAUCUCCCCCAGGCUUGUUGACGGACCACGUGAUGAUGUUUCCCGGCAAAUGUCUUGCCAUCGACGAUACGAGUAUUCGAAGUGCGAGUCGGCACAUGGUGUGUUUGUAACGUGUCGUUCUCUGCUUGAGUGACCAGAGUGCUGUGCUGUUGUACGAUGGCCAUAAUGGUGCUGGUGCUGCUGCUGGUGCGGCCAAUAAGCAGUUGUCACUGAUGACGAGACGAUGAUGGCGCUCCGCCACUGGCUUUGUUAGGAGGCGGUUCGGCUAUGUCGCUGCUGUUCCUGCUGGUGAGUGGGGCAUACGCAAGGGAAGCAAAUAUCCCUGUGUAACGUCCAGGACUGUCCUGGGCCUGCCUGCGGAUUGCUGCUCCCCGCAGGUGUGAUCUGUUUGUAGGCUGGUAUUGCUCGUAUGGGUGUGUGCUGGUGAGCAGGUUUCUGUGCUCCUUAUGGCCCUUGCGUAGUGAUUGCUCGUUAAGUUUUCCAAAUGGUGCUCACACGUUUGUUCUCAGCUGGCGCAUGAGCUGGCGCCCGAGUGACUGCGUGCCAGGGUAAAGGCUUGCGGCGUUGGUCGCUGGUUGCGUGUCUUUGGGGAAAUGCGGUGUUGACGAGGUGUGGAUGGCGGUGACGAGUGUUAUAUCCCUCUUCGCUAGACUUAUGAGACAAAGUGACGCAAUGGACCUUGCAUCUGACAUCAGUGACGCAUCUGAUAUUGCCGGUUUGUGCUAGACUAUCCGAAUUGUAUGUUUCCUGCUAAACCCUAAAUGUAAAUGUUGCCAAAGGCGACUAAAGGUCCCA